ACCUCCAUCAUCAAGAUCUCACCAACCCCUUUGAUUCCCUCCUCUUUAUUUAUACAGUAUUAUUAACCCAACAACAACCCCUCUGCCAUUCCACUCACCUCACUAGUCACCACAAACACACACUCCCUCUUUUUCCCAUGCUCUUCAAGCCUUUCUACAAGUCUUGAAGAGCCAAAAAUCAAAAUCUGAUUAAUCUUCAGUUUCUCUUUUCUUACAAAUUUUUUUUUGGUCUAAAAAAUGGGUAAGGUCUAUGAUUUAGCUGAGGUCUCCAAGCACAACAAUGCCAAGGAUUGUUGGCUCAUUAUUAAUGGCAAGGUAUAUGAUGUGACAAAAUUCUUGGACGACCACCCAGGUGGUGAUGAUGUUUUAUUGUCUGCAACAGGAAAGGAUGCAACCGAUGAUUUUGAGGAUGUCGGUCAUAGCAGUAGUGCUCGAGCUAUGUUGGAUGAGUAUUAUGUAGGUGAUAUCGACUCUUCAACCAUCCCAACAAAGGUCAAGUACACUCCUCCCAAUCAGCCUCAUUACAACCAAGACAAAACAACAGAGUUCAUCAUCAAGAUCCUCCAGUUCUUGGUUCCUCUAAUUAUUUUAGGCGUGGCUGUUGGUGUCCGCUUCUAUACCAACAAGUCAGCUUGAAGAUUGAUUAAUGGUCGAAAAUGCAAAAAAAAAAAAAAAAAAAAAAAAAACACAGCUUUUUCUUUGUUAGCCAGGCAAAUCUUGGUUAAAUUCUGGGAACAGUUUAGGUACUUCGAUUUCUGUUGUUGUGAGGAUGUCUUUGCUUUUUCUUUGUUCCCAUUUUAACAGUCUUUUUCCUAAAAAUAUAUAUCAAUCUACGUCUCGUGAA